AUGGGUUCAAAAUCAAAGAAUAUGUCCAACAACAACAAUAAUAAACCAAAAGUCAAAGAUCAAUCUGGUGAUAGUGGAGCAAAGAUGUACAGUGAAAGUGAUGUGACCACUCCUCAAACUUCAGACUUAUCAGAUUCUGCAUUCAACUAUGAUGUUGAACGCAAUUGGUCAGUGAUCUUCACGGAUGACAACUAUUCAACAGAUCAUGAUAUUAGAUCAAAUUAUUCUUCUUCUUCGGAAGCAAGUGAAAUGGAUCCUUCACACAGUGUAAUUUCUGAAACUGAAUCAGAAGGUGGUGUUUUACAAUCUAGCACCCCUUCAAAUAAAAGAAGAGAUACGGCUUCAACCCUGAAAGCAGUUCAGGAAGAAGCUGCUGCUGACUCAGUGUCAACUUUGAAAGAAGGGCCUAUUCCUAUUGAUGGUUCAUUCAGCUUUCCUGAUCCAAUCAAAAAUGAUGUUAAGAAGGAGGACGAGGCUAUUGAGAAGCACAAAGUCAAUAUGGGCGAGAAUUCAAAGGAAAAACCAGAUGGAUCAAGUUUUCAGAGCUUUGUUGAUUCUCACAUGCACCAUCUUUCAUAUGGUAUAAUUGUUUUGGUAUCUCUUGAUAUUUUGGUGCAGGUUUUGAAUGGGUCGUCAAUUCUAGGUGGAUUAAGAGGUUCCUUGUCUGACUAUAGCCGUAAACCUUAUGAAGAAGGCUUGAAUACUCUGACCAUAAUUAGAUAUUCAACAAAAACUGAGACUCAUUAUCUACCAGGACAAACAAUCACUGUGGAAAACACUGUUCCAUAUGAAACUGUGAUUCCAAAAGAAGAAUAUCAACAUCAUGAUCAGUUAGUUGGUCGAUUGAGUUCGUGGGAACUGACUAGUGAGCUUUUUCAAAAUUUCAGAGAGGAUACUGGGGAGGCUUAUGUUUCAAUGUCGAUGAAAGCAGCAAACUUGUGGGAGCGGGCCUCAAAAAAUGCUUAUAACAUUGCACGUCAAAUUAAAGCUUAUAAUUAUUCAGAAUCUGCUAGCGCUUUGAGGGAUAAAUCAAAUCAACUGGUUGAUAAAACCCCUGGUGCCUUGGAAGAGUUUAAAGAUAAGUUGAUAUCUUUCACUAGAAAGAUUCAAGAUGACCAAUCUGUACAGGCUACAAUCCAUUCUUUCAACAAUAAGCUCAGCUCGUUUCAAAACUUUUCAAAACGCACAUUUGAUAAUUUAAAUUCGGGUGGUUAUUUUGAUUACUUUAAGGAAGAUAAAUUGGAACAAAUGUCACAUUAUCUCAAUGAAUCAAAGAAUUUCAUCUUUCGCACUGGAAGUGUGACCUUGUCACUUUUUAAGACAACUUAUGCUGACUUUACUAAGAACGGUCCAUUAGAUGAUCUUCAAGAAUCAUUUCAUGUUGGUUAUGAUUAUUUGAAAGCUAGAUUCAAUUUGUCCAGUGGUGCAGCUAAUGGGCUUUUAUCUAAGUAUUUACAUGAUGCCAAUGGCUCCGUUAAUGUCUUGAAAGAUAAAGGGUUCAAACUUUGGGAUAGUGUUGACGGCGAGAGGAAGAAAAAUACACUCAAAACUUCUUUGGAGAAGGCUAGUAAAAAUAGCAAAGAACGCUGGGAUCAAUUUAAACAAUCAUAUUUGGACUUGGACGAUCAAGAGCUAGGAGAGAGAGCUAAUAAACUAUCAAACUUUUUCAGCUCAUCUCAAAAGAAAAUUGCUAAGAAGUUGUCUCACAACGGUGAUUCUAAAAGUAAAAAGUGUGGUGUCUGGAAACAUUGUUUUGCAGGUUUAUGA